UGAGCAGGAGUGGUCGACGUGGGACGAGAACUGGGACGCGGUCAUGCGCCGGGGUGUGCUCGACUUCAAGCGCUGGUAGGAUGCGGCAUAGAGACAUCGUGUAGGCAUACAUUGAAUGCAGCAUUUGCAUAGCUAUAACACAACAGCGGAAGGGGCGGUGCAGAGCUAUGGACAACAACUUCGCCUCACUUUGCGGCAGUCAAGCCCAAGAGAAUGCGAUAUGGGGCGGAUGCGCGAGGCUCGCGCGCACAGGAUUUGGAGGGUUUCGAAGAUAUUACUGAGAUUCGCUCGGUGUGUGAGGGGACGCGCGCCGUGGGCGAUCGGGCGAGGCAUUUUGCAUGAGCAAGCUCCGCACUCGAUCGGCGAGCGGGCCACCAGUGCCCUCACGCAUGCGCACGGGCUGGCGGACGCGCGGCUCGGUCGCGCUCGGCUGCCGCCGUGGGGGCUCCGAUCCGGCGUUGCGGCGCCAGGUGCUCUCCCGGUCCGCAACGGACGAGGACGCGGCCUGGCGGCGGGGCGGGCGGGACGGCUCGAUGGGCGGCGGGUGCGCAAGGCCGCACGGCCCGAUACGACCACCCUGAAUUGGGUGCGGCUUCUGCGGCUUUCUGUUGGGGGUUUGCAUGUUGAACGUGCUCGAUGGCUGCCGCCUGUUGGGCACACGCGCAAGCACAGGGGCGCUCGUGCUCGCGCUGGCGCUCGGAGCUGACGACGAAAGCGGAGCGGGGACGGGCUUCCACGCUGAUGUUGUAGGCUUAGGAGGUGAGGAAGACAGUGGUUUGUCGGGCAAGGAAGAUAUGUUUUUCUUGGGCGAUGAGGAAGGGCCCUUCUUCGGCGAAGACGAGAGAGGCGGGAACGCCUCAGUGUCCUUGACGCUCAACGCCUCGAUGGCCCUGCGCGUAGCCUCGGCAUCGUCCUCACUGUCCUCGCUGUCCCAAUUUCUUCCCGACCGCAGCUCGACGCGCUUCGUCUUGCGCUUGUCAUUUUU